AUAUAUAGAACCAGCAACACAAAAACAGAGAUUCCAAAAAAAAAAAAAAGAGGCAACAAAAAUCAUAAAUCAUCUUAGGGAUGAUGUCAGCAGAUCCUUUCAUGACCAUGAAGAAGAUGAAGAAGAGCAUUCACAACGAGAACAAUCAGAGAAGGUUUAGCGACGAGCAGAUCAAAUCACUGGAGAUGAGGUUCAAGUCUGAGACGAGACUUGAGCCAAGGAAGAUGGUUCAGUUAGCGAGAGAGCUUGGGUUGCAGCCUAGGCAAGUGGCUAUAUGGUUUCAGAACAAGAGAGCUCGUUGGAAGACUAAGCAGCUAGAGACAGAGUUCAACAUUCUCAGACAAAACUACAACGACUUAGCUUCUCAGUUUGAGUCACUCAAGAAAGAAAAUCAAGGUUUAGUCUCUGAGGUAAUUUGCAUUAUACUAAACGAGGAGAGGCAGACAAAGCAGGACGAGAGAAGACAUUGUUGUGAUGGUCAAGGGGUGGUAACUCUAGGCAGCACGGAUCAUGAAUCAGAAAAGGAAGAGAACAGGAGGUCCGAACCGGAGGAGGUUAGGCCGGAGAUGGAGGUGUAUGAGAAAAGUCGUCAUGAUGAUGAUGAUGGGUACAAUAACAACAUCAAGAGAGAGUAUUUUGUUGGGUUUGAAGAAGAAGCAGAUCACUUGAUGAACAUUGUGGAACCAGCUGAUAGUUGCUUGACAUCAUCUGAUGACUGGGGCGGUUUCAAAUCAAAUACUAAUCUCUUGGACCAAUCCAGCAGCAAUUACCCAUGGUGGGAUUUUUGGUCAUGAACAAUAUAAGGUCUUAAUAAACAUAUAAGAUGAAGAGAAAACUAUGUACUUUUAGUCUUUUGUAGACUAAAAAAGAUCAAGAGAGAGCGAGAUAAUGGAUAAAAACUCAAAUCAAAAUUUACAAGUCUGCAUCACAUGAUAUAGAGGUGUUAGGUCAAGCAAAUGACUCGUCUGUAUAAAUUGUGCUAGGAAGAGUCGGUGUGUUCUCUUAGUUAAUUAGUCUUUACAAUAAUGUAGUAAGUACUCAUCAUGCUUUGUAGCUAAGUAGUUAUAAGAUUUGAUUUAGAUGAAAUAAAGGAUCGAAGGCGAAGAAUCAUCUAUGUAAUAUAUUGUUUGUGCAUCAUUAUGUAUAGACCAAUACAAGAAUUAAGUUGGGUUUUA